UGUUUACAGAGACAACGAUUCGAGCGGUGAUGGACACCUUCGUCAAACUUCGUCCUUAUAAGGGACGAUGCCUCUUCUGCCUGUGUGUUAUUUCAUAUCUUAUUGGGCUCUCUUGUGUCACUAAGGGAGGAAUCUAUGUCCUUAACAUAUUUGACAGCCAAAGUGGAGGCAUUUCUUUGAUUUGUGUGGUUGUUCUCGAAGCUGUUGCUGUCAGUUGGGGAUAUGGAGUUGAUAAAUUCUCAGAUAAUAUCAAGGAUAUGAUUGGAAGGAAACCCAGCAAGUACUUUGUCAUCUGCUGGAAAUACGUCACACCUCUUGAUUUGGUUGCCAAAGAGAAAAGUUUAGUCGCAUUGGUGCCUGUAUUAGGUGCAAUUUCAUGCCCUGCACACAGCAGAUGGUAUGAUGAUAGUCAAGAAAUUGUUAUGGAAACCUUACUACAUGUACAUGUUUAUAUGGAACCAACAUGA